AUGGCUCAGCUUCUCACGUCGGAGCUCACCUCGUUGGGGCUCGAGGCCAGACGGAAGCAUCCCGAAAUCAAGCAGGCCACCGACAGCGUCCUCGCUCGGCUCAAAUCCGAGCCAGAUGCACUGCUUGCGUCAUCACGUAGAGAUGCGGGACCGCCUCAAGAUCACCCUCUGCUCAGGCCUAUCUUGCUCAGCUGCGAGACCAAGCUGCCCAAGGUCAUCUCGCUGGCCAUGGCUCUACUCCAGCGAAUGCUGCUUCAGCGACUCGUCCCAGACAAAGCUGUACCUACCAUCGUCAAGACGCUCAAUCAGCUGCUCACGCCACCAAGCAGGAGCGACGUCGAUGUCCAGCUCAAGAUCCUCCAGAUUGCCUCGGCGCUUCUCUCAUCCUAUCCAUCAUUGCACAAUGCCGACCUCUCAAACACGCUCAUGCUCGGCUUCAAGCUCCACGAAGGCAGCAAGGUGGCCGUCGUCAGCUCAACGGCAGCGGCAACGCUGCGUCAGAGCGUCAUGGCUGUCUUUGACAAGGUCAAGGACGAGGAUGCUGUCCUUGAUGGCAUCACAGGAGGCGGCGAGGAGGCCGCCGCAUCAGCGCCAUUGGCAGCCAUGUCAGUCGAUCUACCAGAGGGUUCGGUGACGCUCUUCCCCUCAUCACGCGAUGCAUACCUCGUCUUCUCAGACCUAUGCUCGCUGGCUAAUGCUGAAUCCGCCACCUUCCUGGCUCUCGACUCGCUAUCCAAGACCUUCUCGCUCGAGCUCAUCGAGAGCGUCCUGUCCAAUCAUCAACGUCUGUUCGCCUCCGCUGCCGGAGCAAAGGCGUCAGCAAUCUCGCAUCCAGAGCUGCUCUUUCUGCUGCGCUCCAAGGUCUGCCCACUACUCAUCAAGAGUCUCAGCGAGCCACCCGCAUUCCCCAUCCACCUUCGACUCAUGCGUCUUCUCUUCCUUUUGCUACGCCAAUUCAGCUCUGACCUCGUGCUCGAGGUCGAGAUCCUUCUCUCGAUCCUGCUCCGCACCGUGAAUCCUUCAUCGCAAGAAACCGCGGCACACGGAGGCUCUCAGCCUCUGCUCUGGCAGCAGGUCUUGGCUCUAGAGGUGCUUCGCAGUCUCUGCUCCGAUGACGUCUUCCUCCGCAACCUAUGGGCUUGGUACGAUUCAAGCAAGGCUGGCACCAAUGCCAACGAGGCAACCAGCGGCUCCGUCCCUGUCUUCUCGAAACUAGUCGAGACUCUUCAAAGCGUCCUUUUGCAGGGCGAGCAUCUCUUUGCUUACGAAGCGUCGAUGCAGGGCGUUCCAGGCAGUCCUCGAAGAAGCCGCGUUCGCCAGAGCGCAGAACGAAGCUUCAGUGGCCUAUACGAAGCUGCAGCAGGCGUCGCCAGCGCUGCCAUGUCCGGCAUCAAGGGAUCGACCGAGUCAAGCGGCACCGAGUCUUUGUCUGCUGCAAGCUCGCCUUCGGUUCAAAUCAUCGAUCAGCUGGAUAAGAUCGAAGCGCCCAGCGUCGCGUCAGCCGCUCUGCCAAAGACAUAUGCACAGCUCCUCGCGCUGCAGUCGUGUCAUCUUCUGACGCAGUCCAUGGCCCUGUACGCCCUACCGCUCUACUCGAAAUUUGUCAACUCCCGCGGCAAGGACGCUGCGCCAGCGCCUCCGGCUAUGACAGCCGCUGACAUGGACGCUCUCUCCGACUCUCAAGAGCAAGAAGGUCUAAACUUGACCAAAUCAAUGCUGAGGUCUUCAGCGCUCCCUCUCAGCGACGUCCUCUCCAGAUACCUGCGCUUGAAAUGCACGGACGCCAUCUUCGAAGAGACGCUGCUAGCGCUGAGGAACCUCACCAACGUCACCGGCGCUCUCGACCUAGUGGACGAGCGUGAUGCGAUUCUCACCAUCUUCAUUGCGCUUGCCGUCCCUGGAUGGGAUGCUGCUGCUCCCGCUGCGGUGCUGCAGGCUGAGGACGGCGUCUCGAUUCGCCACCUUGCCUGCCUCAGGGCGUAUGUGCAGGUGGCGUACUACCUCUCUGGCGCGCUCGGUCCUUUCUGGUAUCCUGUACUCAGCGGGCUGUGUAGCGCCGAGGCGUUGCUGGCCUCUGCCAACGCACCAGCACGAGCUGGGAAAGACCUCGGUCGAGACCCCAAUACAGACGAAAACACUGCAGGUCGCAAUGGCCGUGUCACGCUUUCCACAUUGACACACGGGUCCAUGAGCUCGCUUGACACACGAUCAGGGCGCAAUCAGUUGCAGCUGCUCAAUGUCGCAGAUCUGCAGCCAGCACGCCUUCAAGCGCACAUCAAGAGCGUCUUCGAGAACACGGCAUCCCUCGCAGACAGCGCUUUCCUCUAUUUCGUCUCCUCCCUGUGCCGAAUCAGCGCUGACAUGUUGACAACCGCGCCGUCAAUUCUCAGGUCGGCAGAAGCGGACGGCGGACCCACAUCUCCUCAAGCUUCUGGCUUCAGAAGAGGCUCUCGAGCUGAAGGCCCUACGAGCUUUUAUCCCAUCACCUGUCUAGAUCUUGUCGCAACCUUGAACACGAGGCGGCUCUGUUCGCUUCCAUCAGAUCAGGGCUGGGACGCCGUGACCAGUCACCUCAACGAGACGCUUUCCAAUCCGGAACUUCCGCCCACGUGGCGAUGGCAAGCUUCGCAGGCUGCGAACAAGCUCGCUUUCGGGGCCAUGACCGAGGCAGCACAGGCUUCAGACGAGGCCGACAAGUCCCGGUUGCAGAAGCAAGUCAUGCAAAUUCUGGCCAAUGCCGCCGUCCUUGAGGGCAAAAGGGCUACACCGGUCGACAUGGACAUCAGAACCUCCUCGGUCGACAACCUAAAGAGGAUCCUCGAAACCUUUGGGCAUUCGUUGGUCUUUGGUUGGGACUCGAUCUUCGAGAUCUGCUCCGCAACCUGCAGAGCCGACAAGAGGAGUCCGCAAACUGAACAGCCCUCGUCUGCUUCCCUUCAGAAAGGCCAGCUCGCUCUCGUCAAGGCUGGCUUCUCGUGCCUGCAGCUGGUCUGCUCCGACUUCUUAGCCGCCUUGGACGUCGAACAAAUUCGCAAAUGCUGCAGCAAUCUCAACGACUUCGGAAGCCAAGAGUUCGACGUCAACGUGGCGCUAACCGCCAACGGGUGCCUGUGGGGCGUGACUGCCGAGAUGGCGACCCGAGCCAAGAAGACAUCAACAGAGGCGACGGCAGCCACUGUCGACAAAGACGCACAGCCGCUUUGGCUCUUCCUGCUCCAAUGCUUGCUGUCGAUCGCCCAAAGUCCAAGGUCCGAAGUACGCAACGGCGCGAUCUCGAACCUCUUCCGCGUGCUGCAGCAAUACGGCGAUAUGCUCAACCCUGAGGCCUGGCAAGAGAUCUUGGACAGCAUCAUCUUUCCGUUGAUGAAGGUGCUCGACGCGUCGACAUCAGCUCUGGAGAGUGGAGUCGAAGAUGGAACGUCACAGAAAGACCGACAGGCGCUGAUGAUAGGCACGCUUCCGAGCGAGCUCAAGCAAUGGCAGGAGUCGCAGAGCUUGGCCUUGACACAAUUCGGCGAAGCUGUUCGAUCCUUCUUGCCAUCGAAGCUGAUCCGCAGCAGCGCCUUCGAGGAGACAUGGACAAGGCUUCUAGACCUCAGCUCCCGAGCCUUCCUUCAGGGUCCCGCUGAUCUGUCGCAAGCGGCCAUCAAGUGCUUGGCCUCCGCCUUGUCUGCCACCGUGGACGACGACAAACACGUCGGCGAAGCUGAACGAGCCAGAGUACAAGCCGCCUGGUGGAAAGCCUGGGAUAGUUGGGUUGCCGUCGGAGAACAAAUCCGUCGACGAGAUCCUCAGCCGCCGGCGGAACCAAAGCCGGACAAUAACGAAUCGGCCGAUCCUUUCCGCUUCACUCAGAAGAAUCUCUUGGCGUACAUUCAGGCCUUCCAGCCCAUACACCGGAUUCUGCGAGCCGAGUUCGACGAAGCAAAGGUCGCUGCGCUCUUCUCGUGUCUCAAAGGAUGUGUGUCCUACCCUCACAGUUCCGACAACACGCCGGAUCGAAGUAGCCUGACCAACGUACAGGAGGCAGCCCGCGCCACAGCCAGAUCCGUCGCAGGAGUCAAAGCGGUCCCUGCACUGAUGCUGUCGGAUCUGUCAGAGUGCAUCUGCCUAGCCUACUCCGGCAUUGAUGCUGGCACCAAUGCGGGCAAGAAGCAGCCUACCUUCAUCGCUCUAUCACGAGCAAGCAUCGAUGAAGCUUUCGACUUUUUCGUCAAGCAUGAGGACGAUGCGAGCAUCUACAACGCUGGUGCCGUCGAGAGUCUCAUCUCUGCUCUGGUCAUCCCUAUCAAGCUGAAGUACGAAUGCCCGGACAGCCAAGCUGGUGGUCUCGAGGCGCAACGCAAGGCCAACGUUCGACCCAUCUGGCAAGUCGCAAUUUUGACGCUGUGCAAGAUCCUUUCGCGCUCUUGCCCUAAGCUGCACAGCAGAGCGCAGAAGGAGCAGCUUCCGUCGGAAACAGUAGAGCGUCUGUGGACCAAGGUCGUUGAUGCUGUUGAAGCAGCAGUCCUGGCUGAUUCUUCAUUGGCCCAGUCUUUGCCCGCAGACGUCAAAAACGCCGACGAGCUUUUCGGUCUCCACCUUCUCAGCACCAUCGAGAGGUUCAUCCUGCCAUGUCUGGGAGAGAAGGAAGUGCGUGAUCACCUCAUCGGGCGUGUGGCUCGUGCUUUGACGCUUGGCUCAAAGCUGUACACCUUCGAAGCGCAGAUUGACGCAGACGAUCGAAGCGGUCGAGUCGACGAUCCCCAGGAGACGACCAACGAGCGCUUUGCAUACUGGUGUUUCGAUCUGCUCUUCCUUGCCUGCUCCGCUCGCUUUGGCGGGAGCCACUCCCAGGAGUCUGCGGAUUCGGACGCGCAACGAAGGGUUGCUACGAUCCUACUACGUCACCUCAUCGCCCGCUGCGAACAGACGCUGCUGUCCUUUGCUCGCGACCUCGAGAUCCGCGGCAUGAUCCCCAUGCAGAGGAUCCGCCAAGAAGAGCUCAAUUACAUCCUCCACAGGUAUCUCGAACUGCAGCUGUCGCCGAGCACCUAUAGUCCGAGCUCCACGCAGCCGGACGGCGAGCCUGCUGCAGUCGUCGCAUGGCACAGCUCAAGACGCGCCCACCUCUUCUCGGCCUUCCAGUACCUGUUGCUGCUCGUGUCGGCACGUCCUUCUUCAGUCGUCGCGAGCAUCGGCACAUCGCUCCCACCAAUCGUACCGGCUGACACUGUAGGACUGUCAAAGAGCUUCAAGGAUCUGGGCCUGGAGCUGGGCAUGAUUGGAACGACGUCUGAUGUGUUUGGAGUGGGGAGUAGGGUAGAGGGCAUGGAGAAGGUCGCUGCGAGAGAUUUGGCUGCGCAGGCGUUGACACUGGUUGGGGCCGAUUUGGGCGUGCCUGUUCUGCCUGCUUGA